AUGUGUCACUCCAGUUGGCCUCGUCGGUCCGAUGAGGACGUCGAGAUCAUGGCCACGGAGAUGGCCUGCGUACAGGCGAGGUACCUGGUGGCCGCCUUCAAGCACGAAGGCAAUGUGGCACAGCAAGCGUUGGUGGAGGUGGUCGAGGCUACGACGCAGCAGGCGCUGCAGCAGGCAGAGCAAGCGGUGGACAAUGAGGCCGCCACAACGGUCGUGCGUGCCGAACGCCAUGAGGCGGCCAUGACGCUCUUGGGGUGUGCGGCACGCAAUGCCGCCACCAUCAUCGUCCAAGAGCAACGUCGUGCCGCGAUGACGUCUAAAGAGGCGGCAGCGGCAGCGACGGAGGCGGCCGCGGUCGACGCAGCCGCCAAUGCAGAGAAGGAAGACCACGUGGCGGAGGCGGCGGCCUUAGACAUGGCUUGGUCUCUCCUCGGCAAGGAGGAGGAGGAGGAGGAGGAGGACUGGCAGGUGCGCAAGACGCACCGAAGGUACGCCACAAGAGACCUCAACCGCCGGGAGCACGACGAGGUAUCGUCUGCAGUGAUGCAGGCAAAGCCAGAGGCGACGACUACGAUGUUGCGCGAUGGGGCACGACAGGCGGCGGAGGCAGCAGCGGAGGAGGCGGCGCGGGCAGCGGAGAAGGAGGAGAGGAGGGGACACUGGGCCACGAAGCUCAACGCCAUCUUGGCCCACCGUGAGGACGAACAGCGUCGGGAGACCCAGCGCAGGGAGAACCACCGCCGGGUACGCCGCCAAGAAGCAGCCAUAUGGGCUGCGUGA